CACGCCUCUUCUCGCGCGUAUAAAAACGAUUGAUGGAGGCCGCUGGUUAUUGUAAGAAUCCAUCGAUUGCUCGAGAGAGGGAUAUCUGUUUCCGCAUCGGCAGCGUUCUCUGCAGCGGCGAUGCCGCUCCUCGAGGAGAUGAUGGAAUCGUCGUACAUCCGCACGUACCUGCAGCAGAUGGCAGCGUCGGUCUCCACGGCGAGCUGCGACCCGUCUAGCGGCGCCGAUGAGGUGGAGUGCCGCGACGAGGCGGCGGCGCUGAGGCUUAAGAUGGUGUUCGUCGUGGCCAUACUCGUCGCAGGCGCGACCGGCGUCGCGAUCCCGCUCGUCGGCCGCCGCUGCCACGGGCAUGGAGCCUCCUCCUCCUCCUCCACCGGUGGGGCGUUCGUGCUCGUAAAGGCGUUCGCGGCCGGGGUGAUCCUGGCCACGGGCUUCGUCCACAUGCUGCACGACGCGGACGAGGCGCUCACGGACCCUUGUCUCCCCGCCGCGCCGUGGCGCCGCUUCCCGUUCCCAGGGUUCGUCGCCAUGCUCGCGGCGCUCGGGACGCUCGUCUUCGACUUCGUCGGCACGCAUAUGUACGAGCGCAAGAAGCACCACGCCGAUGCGGAGGAAGCCGCCGUCGUCGUUGGCAAUGCCAGUGCCAGUGCCAAUGCGAGCGGCCACGACGUGAUCGUUGCGCUGCUACAGGACGGCGCGCUCGUGGCGAGCACUGGCAGCAGCAUUGGGAGAGACGGGGGAGGCCACAAGGACCCCAUGCACAUCGUGGGGAUGCACGCGCAUGCCGCAGCACAUAGGCAUAGCCACGCCCACGGGCACGGCCCAUGUGAUGACUGUCACGAUGGGCAUGAUGAGGAGCCGUCCCAAGCUCGUCAUGUGGUCGUCUCCCAGAUUCUUGAGCUUGGGAUUGUAUCGCACUCAGUGAUCAUCGGGCUAUCUUUGGGCGUCUCACAGAAUCCUUGCACCAUCAAACCUCUAGGUGCUGCUCUCUCCUUCCACCAGUUUUUUGAGGGCUUUGCAUUGGGCGGCUGCAUUUCCGAGGCUCAGUUCAAGAGUUUCUCUGCACUCCUUAUGGCUUUCUUCUUCGCUAUCACAACACCUGCUGGGAUUACCGUGGGGUCUGGUAUCGCGUCGUUCUACAAUCCCAACAGCCCUAGGGCACUUGUGGUAGAGGGAAUUCUGGAUUCCAUUUCGGCUGGUAUUCUGAUCUACAUGGCCUUGGUGGACCUCAUCGCAGCUGAUUUUCUCAGCAAGAGGAUGAGCUGUAACUUGAGGCUUCAAGUCGGCUCAUACAUUGCCUUGUUCCUUGGUGCCAUGGCCAUGGCAUCUCUAGCCAUCUGGGCUUAGCAAGUAGAAUGGAAGUAAGGCAAAGAUUUGAGAGUGCUGCCUAAUUGCCUUUGAUAGCAGGAGGUUCUCUCCAGCAGCUAGUUGGUUGCAAUUCUUGAUGAGAAUGGGAGGCAUUUUUUAUUUUCUUAUAUUCUUCUGUUUGUCUAUUGGUUCUCUUCAUGUUGGUGGUGGACAGUAAGAUUUAGUUCUUGUGCCCUGUUUGGUAGAGCUGUUGUUGUUGGAAAAGUAACUUAUCUAAGAAGCUAGUGAAAAAAACUUUUGUUUAUCGCAUGCUUUUAGUUUAUUCUGAGAAGAAGCUGAAUUGAUAAAUUGCUGCAGAAGCCUACUAUUUGAUAUAGCUUCUGCUUAAAUA